UUGGCAUGUUCUUGGCUUGUGCACGUCAAAUAUCGACAAAAAACAAAGUAUUUCUACGAAGGAUUUCGCCUUCAUUGUGUAGACCACGUCAUCUUAGUUCAAACGAACGAGGAGAAGUUGUCGAUGAAGAUGUCACAGACAUCUAUAGCCUGGAAGAAGUCGAUAUUGAUCGAAUUCGUAAUGUGUCUGGUUUGUCAGAGGCCAACCGGGGUAGGAUGGCCCACGCCAGGCAAAUGCCAGAGAUAAAGCAUGCAUUUCAGAAAACGACGAAAUACCAAAGAAAACUAUAUGCCAAGUUUGGCAAAGAGUCUGGGAUUGAUGCUAAGAUCUCGUGGCCCACAUUAGAGCAGUUAAAAGAAAUAAAGGAAGAAGAAGAUGAAUGGGAGCCAAGUUUGCAAGAACGGUGGGCGAAGUUAAAAUCUGCGAAGGAGGAAAGGCAACAGCGAACAAAGAAAAGAGAGGAGCUUAUUGAGAAAAACAUGGCUGAAAUGGAUAAAUGGAUUAAACAGUAUAACAAGAGACUUGAUGCCAAGAAAGCUGAAGCUCAUAAACAACAGGCAAAGAAAGCCAAACUGCUUGAAGAAGCCAGAGAGUUCUUUGGCUAUGAUGUGGAUCCCAGAGAUGCUAAGUUCCAGGAAAUGCUGGAGCAGAAGGAACUGCAGCGCAAGAAGGAGGCAAAAGCUAAGAAGAAACAAGAUGCUGCUGCAAAACUUGUGGCUCGAAUCAGGAUGAUGGCAGAGGAGUCCCGUACGGGAAUUGGCCAGAAAGACACUUCAACUGAGUCGUCAACACUGGAAAAUGAUUUAAAUGAAAAUUUAAAAGAGAACAAAUUGAACUCUACUUCAAUAAGUCCAAAGACUGCAACACCUGAAGAAAGGUGAUGACAGUGUACAAACGUUAUGAAUUCUUUUCUUAAUUUUGUCCAAAAAAUAGGGUUUCUGAAGUAAAAAAUUCCACAUGUAUCUGUUUUCAGCUUAUUGUGUUUGAACAUUUUCUUUUUUGGCAAAUGUUCAUGAUGAAAACCGUAUGAAGUGAGUUUUGCUACAAGACUGUCAGUCACUAAACUAGGUGUUGACUGGUGAGUGUGGUAAAUCUUACGUUGCUCUCCACAUACCACCCCACCUUUCUGUGUAAAUUACAGUUUGAUCUCCACAGUAUUUUG